GGUUGGGUUGCUCAACUAGUUAUGAGCAGUUUCGACAGUACAACCAAAACGUCCACAUUAAGCUCGUCUUUGAGCACCGACAGUAAAGGUUCAUCGGUCAGCGCUGAUAUUACUAACAACAACAAGGAGUGGACUCUUGGCAGCGAUGUGUUUUCAUACUGUCACGAGAUGAGCCCCAUGGACGGUAGGCUGCAGGCAGGGAUGUCGUCCGUCCAGUCCGGACUGGACGGACACCUGCCGCUUCUACACGCCAGACACCACAGUACCCAGGCUGGGUUGUUGUUGGACCUGACUUCCCCGACCGCCUACCUCGACAGCAGCUCUCUGGAGUACAGCGACAACGAUGGGAACAACGCCGGUCCGUUGUUCGAGAGGAGGAAGAGGUCGAGAUCCAACAGCUCCAGACACCGCUACAACGAGGUGGUCACGGAGCUUGGUGCGGAGGAGGUCCGAUGGUUCUACAAAGAGGACAAAAAGACGUGGAAACCCUUUGUCGGGCAUGACUCGCUUAAAAUUGAGCUCAUGUUUCGUAAAUAUUGCGAGCUUAACCCUGGUGUAGCAGGCUCCCAGGUCAGCAGCGGGGAGGAGGAGAGCGUUGGUGGGGAGAGCAGAGGGUUGAACGGGGCAGUGCCGGUGGAGACCAGGACCAGCAGUGUGCACGGAGGCCACGGGUCUCAGGACACAUCCACCGUGUCCUCAGACGAGAGGGACCCUGACAGCAUUGAAAUCGACGUAGAGGCUGUCUGUGUCCGGGGAGGCCUCUAUGAGGUGGAUGUUAAAGAGAGGGAAUGCAAUCCUGUUUACUGGAAACAACAAGACCAUAUUCCAGUGAUGAGAGGCCAGUGGUUCAUUGACGGAACCUGGCUCCCUUUGGAGGAAGAGGAGAGUGACCUCAUCGAGCAGGAGCACCUGAACCAUUUUCGUGGGCAACAGAUGCAGGACACGUUCGAAACGGAUUUGGUCGUCAGAACGGUCGACAGUAAAGAUGUUCUCUCCCACCUGCCCCCUUUCUACCUCCCUUUUCUGUUCAAAUGGAGUGGAUAUCAGACGAGUGCUAGAACAACAUGUCACAAACGCAAACGCUGCCAAGCCAUCCACAGUCUGAAGCUGAGUCGAACCCAUGUGGAUUGGCACAGCGUGGACGAAGUCUACCUCUACAGUGAUGCCACCACUUCAAAAAUUGCACGUACUGUCACCCAGAAGCUGGGCUUCUCCAAAGCCUCCAGUAGUGGAACACGGCUCCAUCGAGGUUAUGUGGAGGAGGCCUCCCCAGAGGACAGACCCCCUCAGACUACACACAUUGUCUUUGUGGUCCACGGGAUUGGACAGAAGAUGGACCAGGGACGCAUUAUUAAAAACACGGGAAUGCUGAGGGAGGGUGUGAGGAAGAUGGAGGAGAAGCACUUUUCAGAGCACAAUGAUGAACAUGUGGAGUUCCUGCCUGUGGAGUGGCGCUCCAAGCUGUCUCUGGAUGGAGAUACGGUAGACUCAAUCACACCAGACAAAGUGAGAGGACUAAGAGACCUUCUCAACAGCAGCGCCAUGGACAUCAUGUAUUACAACAGCCCCCUUUACCGGGAUGAGAUUACUAAGGGCCUAACACAGGAGCUAAACCGACUGUACACACUUUUCUGCUCCCGGAACCUUGAGUUUGAGGAAAGGGGAGGCAAGGUGUCCAUUGUGUCUCACUCCCUCGGCUGCGUCAUCACCUACGACAUCAUUACAGGCUGGGAUCCUGUGCGCUUCUGUCUGCAGGAGCACCACGCUGUGGAGGAGGACCUGGACCUGCGCUGGAUGUCCUAUGAAGAGAGACAUCUUUUACAGCAGUUGCGGCACACUAGAACUAAGUUACGAGAGCUGGAAAAUCAACUUGAAACCCUGGAAGCCUCUAAACCAUCAGCACCCCCAGCACUCAAAUUUAAGGUGGAGAAUUUCUUUUGCAUGGGUUCUCCUCUGGCAGUGUUUUUAGCCCUGAGAGGGAUCCGCCCUGGUGCCAGCUGCCACCAGGACCACAUCCUGCCCACCUCCAUCUGCAGCAGGCUCUUCAACGUCUUCCAUCCUACAGAUCCUGUGGCCUACAGAUUGGAGCCGCUCAUCCUCAAACAUUACAGCAAUGUUUCACCUGUUCAAAUACACUGGUGCAGUGCCACUAACCCCACACCUUAUGAUGAGAUACGGCCUACUUUCCUGAACCCAGUCAAAGACCCAGCAUCUGACACGGAGAGCAUCCCCAGCCCGAGCACGUCUCCAGUCCUGCCCCGAAGGCACUAUGGAGAGUCUAUCACCAAUUUGGGCAAGGCCAGCAUACUGGGAGCGGCAAGCAUAGGGAAGGGCAUUGGAGGCAUCCUCUUCUCACGUUUCUCACGCUCCAACAGCCAACCUUCAGUGUCAUUAGGACUUGAGGGAGUGGUCAACACUGAAGAAGAGGAGCAGAAGCGGACAGAAAGCCAGUCUGCAUACGGUCUCUCCACCUUGAUUCGACCGACCUCACCUACUGCUGACACAUCAUUGGAGCUGGAGCGCCGCAUCGACUUUGAGCUCCGAGAGGGUCUGGUGGAGAGCCGCUAUUGGUCAGCAGUGACCUCACACACAGGCUACUGGUGCUCACAUGACAUAGCACUCUUCCUGUUGACCUUCAUAUACAAGCAGAACGUGCCCUCUGACCCAGCAGAAGAUAACCUGGAGCCAGACUGAGGCAGCUCGUUAAUUUCAACACAUACACACUUGAAUGAUGUCAUCUUUUUCAGAAGAUGCAGAACUAGACUUUAUUCAUUUAUUUUUAUGCAGACAAACUGUUCAAAUACUCUAAUAAUCCCUUUUUUCUCCCUGUUA